AUGGCUGACCUCAAAUCUAGUACACCGAAAGAUGAGUCCUGGACCAACCAGGCACAACACAAGGCGCAAGAUGCUUACGAUGGGCUAACUGGUUCCAAGGAUACGCCAAGAUCUGUGCAACAAUCCAGUGUUCCUGGAUCGUUUGACUUUGAGGAGAGAAAAAAUUACUCCGCUGGAGACUCGAAUUACACCUCGCAAUCGCAGACCUACGACUCUACCUCACCGACAUUCAAGGCUUCAGAAGGCGAAGCUCAUGGAGAGCCCGGCGAACAGCCAUCACUGGCCAACAAGCUGAUGUCUGCCAUUGGAAUUGGUGGUAGCUCCGAAGGUGCAACCUCUCACAAAGACAAGCCAUUGGCUGGCGAAGAUGCCACCAAAAACUCCGUGUCGACUAAGACUCUUGAGAAGCAGGUCGGAAAAGCACACAGCUAUGUUGAUAGCCAGGGCAACGAAUUCGAAGUUAUUCCUACCGACAGAAAUGUGAAAUACUCUUCGCUAGUCGACCCUGUCGUCGACGAGAGAGAUGUUCAUCAAACCCAGGAUAAUAUCAAGGGUUUGUCUGACAAAGAGAGAGCCCACAGAAGUCCUGUCGAUCCCGCCGACACAAAGAACGCCAAGGACUCUCAGCCUUCGCAGGAAGAGCAGAAAAUUGCUCACGACUCUCAAUCCGGUAGAGCUACUGCGGGAGCUGCUGCUGCAGGAGCUGGUGCUGGUGCAGCUGCCGGCCACUAUGGCUCUUCGAAUACUCAUACCCACGGCGAACUUGACAAGUCUGGAUCUCACGGCAAGACUUUGGGCUCAGAACAAGGCUAUGCUGGUCAAACCACCAAUCACCAAUUUGACGGCCGGAAUCAGAAGUCUGACCUUGCUUCCAAACACGACACUACAGACAAGAACUUAGGUCCUGACGUUCCUGGAGCGGGGGUUGGAUCACUAGCCGGUGCACCAGGUCAGACAUAUCAUCCUAAGCAGAGCCAGGUUCUAGAGACCCAACAAGGCUAUGGCUCGAAUACUCAUGCAUCGAAGCACGAGAGUGCCCAUGAUAAGGGAUAUUCUAACACCGGUGCCGCCGCUGGUGCUACCACUGGGGCUGGCUUUGUCUCUGGUAAACCAACCAGCUACAAUACCACCGAAGCUGCUGCUACAGACCCUGUCCAUGGAGCCACUGCUCCUGCUGAUCUGGGCGACUACAGACAUCCAAUUGGGGAGCAAGCCGGCAAAAGUACUCAUGGCAAGUCCCACAAAGCUCAUGACAAGCACAGUGACCUGAGCCAGAAGGAGACCGCCGCUUAUAAGUCGAAGUCUGACCACCACAAAGCUACCGACACCGCUGCUGGAGCUUCUGCCGGUGCAGGUCUGGGAGCAGCUGCUGGUCGCCACGAGAAGUCGACAAGCACCACCUCUGACUCGUCUGAGUAUGGUUCCGGCUCGGGAGCUGGUUCCAAGUCUGGUAAGACCAGCAAAUGGGGCAAGUCCAGCAAGAAGAAUGAUGACACUGUUGUCCAACACGGCACUGUCUACCAGGACGUGCACCACGACACCUUUGCUACGAGAAACGCCGAUCAGCUUAAGUCUGAUCCCUCCAGACUCUAUGAAAGCGAGAAAAAGGGCCAGCCUGAGUUUGCUCAGAAACAAGCCGAGCUGGGCUACGAGACUGCCCAUGGUGGAUCGCAUACUGGAGGUGGUAGCGGAAUAGGUGCCGGAAUCGGUGCUGCUGUGGCUUCUGCUGUUGGUUACAAGACCGCUUCCCACGACAGCAGCUACGGAACGCAGCAGUCCAAGCAGAAGGACGCUUCCACUCAAGAAUUGAGAGGCGCACCAGGUGUUACCAAGACACAAAAUGAUCCUUACGAUAGCUCGUAUGGCAGCCAGACCCAGACCGACGAUAAGGUGUUUGGCUCUUUGGACCCGAAGAACCCUCGGAAGCAGGCUGACUACGACAAACUUGGCUCCCAGGCCAAGGAACUGUCGCAGAAAGGUGGCCAGCAUCUUGACAAGUCCGGUCACGGUGAAUACUCUGCCUAUGCCACCGGUGCAGGAACCGCUAUUGGCGCCGGUGCAGGCUAUCUUGGUAGCAGAGAAACCGGCAAAGACUCUGCCUCACACGCCAAUGACUCUGCUCAGAGAGACCCAGAGCUCGCCAAAGGUGGCUUUAGAGAAACCUUCCAGGGUGGAGACGACUCUCAGCAUCACACUCAUAAGACCAACAAGUACACUGCUGGUGUCGGGGAGGCCCCUGGUCGCAACGAGCCAGAAACCAACAAGUACACUGCUGGCGUUGGCGAAGACGAGCCUCACUUUGGUUCUGGAUACACUGCCGGUGUUGGUGACACCCAUCCCCACCAUGCCAAGGACCAGUACACUGCGGGUGUGAGAGAUGACAAGGAGACUCCAUACACCGCGGGAUUUUCUGACACCACAGGACAGAGCAAGCACGCUUCUGGAUCUGGUUAUGGUGCAGCUGGUGGCGCAACGGGGGCUGGAAUUGCUGCCAAGAGCCAAGGCAGCCCGAAAGACCACUUACAAGGCCAAAGCCAGAACUACGGAAAGCAUUAUGGAGCCACCCAACAAACGUCUACAGGCCAGAAUGUUCACAUUCCUGGCACCAGAGACAACCUUUCAACCCAGAAUCGGGGCCAAGCUGCUCAUGGAAACGAUUAUUUGAAUGACGAUCAGAAUGCCUUGGCUAGCCGCGCCGCGGCAGCAGCUACCCACGAUAAACGUGGAGGAUCUGGCGCUGCAGGUACGUCGGAUCUCAGCCAAUCCAAUAAGGCGCACCAGCAAGGCGACGAGGCUUAUUCUGGACAGCCGCAACAAGGUGAGUCUAACACGAAGAUUUUAAACUAUGACGAGUUCGAACAGGCACACCCACAAAAGGAGAAGUUGAGCACCAAAAUCAAAAAGAUUUUCAACUGA